AUGCCCCGCGUCCAUGCGCAAUGUUUCGAUGGCCAAACCGAUGUGGCCAACAUAAGGCGUUGUAUCAAGGAAGGGCACAAUGUUAUGAUUAUUCUCCGUGGCCUCCCAGGAUCGGGGAAAUCGCAUUUGGCUGAUGAUUUGGCUCUACUAUCCGUCGACUCCGUAGCAACCUGCUCAACAGACGAUUUCUUUCUCGACCGUGAAGGGAACUAUCGCUUCGAUAAAAACCGUCUUCAAGACUAUCAUGCCGGCAACCAACGGAGAGCACGGCAUUCUUUGGAAAAAGGCGUAAAACUCGUCAUGAUCGACAACACAAACAUUAAGCUCGACCACCUAAGGCCCUACAUUACAAUGGCCCUACAACACUUCUAUGAGAUCUAUUUCCUUACUCCGUCGACCGAAUGGGCAUGGAAAUUGAGGGAAUGCGCAAAACGAAAUCGACACCGGGUCUCGCAAGACGCAAUAAUUAGCAUGAAGAAUGGAUUUGAAGAGCUGCCAACAUUCGAAAGACUUUUGGCUUCGUAUGGGCAUACCGUCAAGCUUCAAACCCCUCUUUUGAACGAAAUGGAGCAUGAGGCACUCGCUAGCCUUGGGCCGUCUACGGCCAAGUUGUUUAGGACAUUGGAUAGGAUUCAAGAGGAGAAAGAUAACCCCCAGAUCGGUCCAAUGGGAUUUGGACUCAUCUCACUUUCCCAUGUGGGGACAACGAAAAAAGAGAAGAGCCCGACACCUCCGCCUCUAGACACAUUGUCUAUUGGGCCCCCACCGGGGUUUGAAAAUGUUCGGAAAAUAGAACCGCGGACACCUCCAGUCCCUUUCGACGAUCCCAGACUCCUGAAAAAUGUGCGCACCGUCGGCACCCAAACUACCGAAACAACCACCAUCCUAAACUGCGUAGGAUUCUACCCUGAAAUUGACGUGUUUGAUGAAGAACCCUGGGUCUGGAAAAGGCUACCAUGGAUUACCAUCAACGACACGACCGAAUCUCAAACCGAGUACUGGAUGGAGCCAUUCAAGCUGAUGACACUUGUUUUCCCUUCUAUUCCGCCAAACGAGCUUCUCCAUUUUUACAACAUGACUGACCUACCAACCGCAGUCCAGUUUUUCAUCAACGCUGAUGCCAUCGUUGAGUGGGACUUGGACUUCUUUCUUGAACAAGAUAUUAACAUGGCCAUCGUCUCCGAAACCUACACCAAGCAGCGGGGGAAGAAGAGGGCCACGGUUUUCGAGAAGAACAAUGCGGUCACGAGGAAAGGAUAUGUGGACCUGGCGCAGCUCCAGCUGCCGGUCAACACCAUGUCGGCCGCGUUGUGUGCCGCGUUGUGGGCCCAAUUUGAUGCCCAGGAAGAAGCCGAGCCCAGUUUUGGGCCGGUGACGAGCGACCUGCUCUUCUUCCUCUACAUGACGUGGAACGGCUACCGCAUCGACCGCCCAAAGGAGGACCACCUGGCCAUGCUCAUGAACGUCGACACGGUCCCGCCAUCCCUGGCUAACAUGGCGAACGAGCGCGUCAAGCUGCCGGAAGACCGCGGCUUCCAAAACUAUUUGACGACGCUGUUCCAAUCCCAUCAGCCGAGUCUCGGCUUCCGGAACGAAGUCCCCUGCUGGGUGCUGCGGGCGCUUUACGUGGCCGCCGUACAAUCGUCCCGCAGCUCCCCUCCGCCCUCCCCGACGAGGCCGAGCGAAAUGUCGAUGACCCAACGUAUCACGCUGAAACAUCUGAAGGAGCGGUACCCGGGUGUCGACCCGACCGUCAUUGAGGAGCUCUACCUAGCCCACGGCUCCGAAGUCGUGGAGAACAUCCUCCGCGAGUACGCGCAGCCGGCCAAGCCCACUACGGCGGCUGAGAGGAAGCCGCUGCCGACCGAGUCGGAGAAGCGGUCGGAGCUGGAGGCGCUGCAGACGAGUGCCAGAGCCGCCUGGACGCGGGCUGGCCAUCUACGGCGGGAGGAGCGCGAGGUCCGGGAGAAGGCCAGCAGGCACAAGGGCCAUGCCUCCAACCACUACGUCACGGAGGCAAAUGUCCUGAGGCGCAAGGCCAUUGACGAGGAGCAGCAGGUCGACGAUAUGCUCCAGCGGUUCUUCUCGGGCCCUGGAACAUUUGUCGACGCCCACUUCAUGACGCUGGCGGGGGCGAUGGGAUUGCUGAAGAAAAAGCUGGCUCAGUACGACAGAAGCGUGAAGGCGCGGAACGCGCAGGCCAGCCCGGGCACCCGGAUCGAAUUCGUCACCGGAUAUGGCAAGACCACCGGCUCGUCUUUGAUCCGGGACGCCGUCAAGCAGUAUUUGUUCACCAAUAAUUAUAUUUAUCAAAUGGACAACAAGGGCUCCUUCAUCAUCACGGCAAAA